UUGGCUAAUCCCCAACCCCUCCCUCCCUGGGCUCCUCCUUAGUGUUCUGAGGAAGUCAGCUGUCACUCUGCUGCUGCUUCUCAGAGUGUGCACUUGGUUUUCUGAAGAGCUACAACAUGGCGUCUGCGUCUUCCCUGGAGGAGGAGUCCUUCACUUGUCCAGUCUGUCUGGAGCUGUUGAAGGAUCCAGUGACAAUUCCAUGCGGACAUAAUUUCUGUAUGAAGUGCAUUAAGGGCUGCUGGGAUCAGGAGGAUAGUAAAAGAAAAUACAGCUGUCCUCUGUGCAAAGACACCUUCGACUCCAGGCCUGUCCUCCGCAAAAACCCUCUGAUUGCUGAAAUGGUGGAGAAGUUCGGGAAGACCAGCAUCCAAGCUGCUGCUCCUGCUCGUUGUUAUGCCAAACCUGGAGAUGUGGCGUGCAAUGUCUGCACCGGGAGAAAACUCAAAGCUGUCAAGUCCUGUCUAGAGUGUCUCGUGUCAUAUUGUGACACUCAUUUAAAAGUUCAUGAUGAAGCUAUUCCAGGUAGAAGUCACACCAUGGUCGAUGCCACUGGCCAGCUACAGGAGAGGAUCUGCCCCCGUCAUAAGAAGGUUUUUGAAAUAUUCUGUCGCACCGACCAGAGUUGCAUUUGCUAUCUGUGUACUAUGGAUAAUCAUAGAGGCCACGACACGAUUGCGGCUACAGCAGAGUGGAGUCAUAAAAAGGAUGGUUUGGGUAACAGCCAGAAGAGAUGCCGGCAGAUAAUCCAGUUGAAGGAGAAGGAGCUGCAGGAACUGAGGAAGGCUGUGAAGACUCUCAAGUCUGGUGCACAGACAGCAGUGGAGGAGAGUGAGAGGAUAUUUACUGAGAUGAUCCGCUCCAUUGAGAGAAGGCGCUCUGAGGUGACAGAGCUGAUCAGAGCUCAGGAGAAGGCUGAGGUGAGUCGAGCUGAAGGACUCCUGAAGCGACUGGAGCAGGAGAUUGCUGAGCUGAAGAGGACAGAUGCUGAGAUGAAGCAGCUUUCACUGACACAGGAUCCCAUCCAUUUUCUCAAGAACAUUGUGUCCAUCACUGGGAGGCCUUACAGCACAACUUCAACCAGCGUGACCUUCAGCCAAAGCUUCUCCUUGGAGCCCCUGAAGAAAUCUGUAUCUGCACUGAAGAUGCAGCUGGAGGAGAAAUUAAAUUCCAUCUUCCAACAAGAAAUAGUCAAAAUAUCUGCAAAAAUGGCAGAAGCGAUGGCAAGUAACCAGGACAUUUUCAUGUGUCCUGUUUGUUUAGAUCUUCUAAAGCAUCCAGUAACUCUCAACUGUGGACACAAUUUCUGUUUGGAUUGUAUUGAGGCUUGUUGGGAUAAGGAAGACGUGAAGGGCGUUUACAGCUGUCCCCAGUGCAGAGAGACUUUCUCUCCAAGACCCGUUUUAAAGAAGAAUCAUGUUUUGUCUGAGCUCGUGGAUCAGAUGAGGAAGAGCAGAAUAGGCCUACAAACUGCUGCUCCUGUUGAAUGUGCUGCUGGACCUGGAGAUGUGACGUGUGACGUCUGCACCAGCAGAAAACUCAAAGCUGUCAAGUCCUGUCUGGAGUGUGUGAUGUCGUACUGUGACAAUCACCUGAAAGCUCACAACGAACUUAUAGGUAGAAAUCACAACAUGAUCGAUGCCACAGGCCAGCUACAGGAGAUGGUCUGUCCUCGUCAUAAGAAGGUUUUUGAAAUAUUCUGUCGCACCGACCAGAGUUGCAUCUGUCUUCUGUGUAUGGUAGAUGAUCAUAAAUGCCAUGACACGAUCACAGCUACGGCAGAGUGGAGUCAUAAAAAGGAGAAGUUGGGGCAGAGCCAGAGGAGAUGCCAACAGAUAAUCCAGUUGAAGGAGAAGGAGCUACAGGAGCUGAAGAAGACUGUGGAGACUCUAAAGUCUGGUGCACAGACAGCAGUGGAGGAGAGUGAGAGGAUGUUUACUGAGAUAAUCCGCUCCAUUGAGAGAAGGCGCUCUGAGGUGACAGAGCUGAUCAGAGCUCAGGAGAAGGCUGAGGUGAGUCGAGCUGAAGGACUCCUGAAGCGACUGGAGCAGGAGAUUGCUGAGCUGAAGAGGACCGAUGCUGAGAUGAAGCAGCUUUCACUGACACAGGAUCCCAUCCAUUUUCUCAAGAACAUUGUGUCCAUCACUGGGAGGCCUUACAGCACAACUUCAACCAGCGUGACCGUCAGCCAAAGCUUCUCCUUGGAGCCCCUGAAGAAAUCUGUAUCUGCACUGAAGAUGCAGAUGGAGGAGAAAUUAGAUUCCAUCUUCCAACAAGAAGUAGUCAAGAUAUCUGCAGCAGCAGCGAAAAAUGUCCAGAUCAUCCAGAACAUACAGAUGUCUGAUGGCCAGGCUCUUACUGCUGAACCAGCGACCAGAGAGGACUUCUUACAGUAUUCCUGUCACUUCACUCUGGAUCCAAACACAGCACAUGAAGAACUCCAUCUGUCUGAGGGGAACAGGAGGGUGGAGAGGAGACACAAGGCCCAGUCAUAUCCUGAUCAUCCAGACAGAUUUAAUGACUGGUAUCAGGCGUUGUGUAGAGAGGGUGUGUCUGCACGCUGCUACUGGGAGGUUGAGUGGAGUGGAGAUGUUGCUAUAGCAGUGUCAUAUAAAAGCAUCAGCAGGAAAGGAGGGCGUGGUGAGUGUGUGUUUGGAUAUAAUGAUCAGUCCUGGAUGCUGGACCUUGACAGCUCCAGCUCCUAUUUCGAACACAAUGAUGAAAAAACUAAACUCCCUCUAGUGGCCAGCUCCAGAAUAGGAGUGUAUGUGGAUCACAGGGCAGGAACUCUGGCCUUCUACAGCAUCUCUGGAGACACAAUGACCCUCCUGCACAGAGUCCACACCACAUUCACACACACUCUCUACCCUGGGUUUUGGUUAGGUGAUGGAUCAUCAGUGGAGCUGUUGUGA